AAUCAACUUUUCCAGAUUUCCAGUUCUGUGUGGGUAUAUCACCUGACUUCAGAAACUUCAACUCCCAUGUUCCUGUGAAAGUAUUUGAACAGAUCCGGGUUUUCCAUGACCGUGGGGAAAGUGAACAAACUCUUGUCAAACUUUGUACCAACGCGAUGAAGCACCGACCGUUCUGGCUUCAGAAUGUCUGGAGGAUCUGCAACUUAUUUAUGUCGCUGUUUUUUGGUCUGGCGACUUAUGUCCAGAUUAACGACCCAGAUGCAGGACUGUGGAUGGUGGGCUAUGCCAUUCCAGCAAGUUUGACCCUAAUUGUUAGCUGGCAUCCACACAUAACAGAGAAUUUGAUCUGGCGAAGAGUAUCUGAUCUCUAUGUCCUUAUUGGUACAACUUUUUGUGCGAUGUUGGGAUGGAUACUUUUCAAAGAAGGCAUCACAGAUAUUUUCCAACAAGAGGAGGGGAGAGAAUUUUCUGGUCUCGUGUUAACGGUUACCUGGCUUCUGCUAUGCAGGCAUUCAGGAAGGGAUGGAAUUGGAAUGAUCAGAUUGUCCACUGCUGUCGGUAUCACAGUAUUUCCAUUUGUGGCAUGGCUUUACUACUACAUCAACACAGAGCUGAGAUCCAACUGGCCCUCACAUUGUAAAACAGCACUCUAGGUCUGAGUAGUAGCACCGACUUAUUACAUUUCAUUGCCAUUUCCCUAGGCAAACACUAUAAGGGACUACAAUAUGAAACACUUUUGUAUUAUAUGAUGUGUCUACAUCAUAGAUGUUUAAACUAGACAUAUGCUGUACAUGGUAUUGUACAUAUCGAUUUGCAUGUAAAUCUUUUGACAGGAUUAUCAAUAAAAAUAUACAGUAUAACCCUACAAAUAUAAAUUUCUUUCAUGGUACUAGCAUACCAUGUUUCUUGUAAAAAAGCCUUGACUUAAGAAGGGAAAAAAAUAGAAUCUUAAAAAAUAGAACACAAUAUUAUUAACCCUCACCCCUCAGUAGAUGGGAAUAUACAGCAUGACAGGGAUAUCACGUGAGUCUGUAGUUGCCUGACUACUCUUGUUUACAUUGGAAGUAGCCUCUCUAACAGUAAAGAUUCUGGAUCUAACUGCCAAACAAGCUGCUUAAGCCUCAGCCUCUAUAGUCGGUCAUCUCGUAUUUGGAUAUUUAUGUGGACUUUUGAAACAUGUCAUGAAAAUCACAAUUCCAGGCAUAUAUGACAUUCUACUCCUUGUAAAUCACACAUGCGGUAUCGCAAAUUAACGCAUGUCUUUUCCAUCAAGCUUCUCUGUACAGUUUACUGACAGGUCUAAUAGAGCAUUUCCAGAUCUUAACAUUAUUGGCCAGUAUUUGCUGGACUGGCUGGAUUUGCUGGACUCCAAAGUGAUCUCAUACCCAACUACAGGUGGCAGUAAACAUUCACUUAUUUGAAGGUACACAGGUGUGCUAACUUGUAAGUUACCUAGAUGACUUCUGAAACUUUCAGAUUUUUUGUGUAGACAUGUAUUGCUAUGGCAUACAACCUGUGCAUAUGUGAAUCAAUUUACUUGAUUUUCUUUUCAUGACAACAAUACUUAAAAAUAAGAUCCCACAACUGUUGCCACAAAAAAAACAGAACUAAAGUGGCACAAAACUGCUGCCCAGUUAGCAUUAAGUAGCCUAAGGAUUUCAUUCGGAGCUGCAAGCUCAAAAUGGCUGUUAAACCAGUAUUUAAUUACACGCCUGUCAGAGGUGCAUUUUUGCUUUUGGACUUAUUUUUAGUCUGCCAAACGCUAUACCC